GAUAUCGGAAGGAUAUAGCGGUUUUAACCCUCAAGCUAACAAUUACCUAUUGUUUUUAUUGUUAAAAUUUUACAUUUAAAAUGAAAUUAAUAUCUGUGCAACUAUUUACAAUUUUUGUACCAAUUUACUGUUUUCAGGGAGUUUCAAUGCAAUUUAUGGAGGAUAACCCAUCAACAUCUCUUCCUAUUAAUCCAUCCUUUCCUUCAAAUGCAGCUUUUAAUCCUUCUUUUACAGCUAAUCCGGUAAAUCCUUCUAGUACUCUUCGUCCUUUUAACCCUUCAAGUACUUUCAGUUCCUAUAUUCCCUCUAGUACUUUCAGACCCUUUAAUCCUGCUAGUACUUACAACCCAUUUAUUUCAACAAGUACUUUUAGCUCCUUUAAUCCGUCUGACUACUCUAGUUCCUCGAAUGUAGCUACAUUUUUGGUACAACAGCCAACAACAGCAUCAACCCUGCCAGCAACAAAUGAUGAUUUAAUUGAAUAUGAUACAUUAGGUAGAAGAUUCUUAACAGCGUCGGAUGUGGUUCCAGUUGUUGUAAAUAUUCCAAUAUGGAUAUCAGACCGUUUAAAGGCAAUAAGGCGAUUGAUAGUUUCUAAUCUAUCUGUUAUGGCUAAUACACUUGAUUUAUUCAUAUCAAGUAUUCAAAUGGGUAAAUCAAAUGUUCAUCUUGACUUAGUUAAUAUUGGAAAAAGUUAUAUAGAUAUUAAAGACGCCUACCUGAUCUUGGUAGAACUUAUUAGUGUUGAUUUAACGGCAGUAUCAACCCGUAUACGCAAGUUACCAGGUAUAGACUAUUUGAAAUUUUUUAUUGAAGGUCCUCUGGAAAUGAUACAGACAUUCAAAAAUUUCUUGAUGAGUCUUGUUAAACCUGAAGAUACUGAUUUUCAAAUAUAAAUUAAUUGUUAACAAAUAACGAAGAACCAAAAUAACAUAAAAUCAAAUGACUUUAUCAUCCAUACCUAUUGUCCCUGGCUGGCAAUUUAAGGAUAUAGAAGGAGAGUAGUUAUAAGGCCCAAUUUUAGAAAAAAAAAUCAAAAAAUGUACUUUGCAGUUUUUGUAAUCUAUAAACAGGAACGAUUCAAUAUUCGUAAUUUAGAAAAAAAAAGUCAUUUAUUCCGCCGUCUGUAUGUUUUAGGGCAGAAAAACAACCUUAUCGCUACUCAAACUUUCUAUAAAUAUUGUAU